AAUGCAAGCUGAAUAUCCGAAGAAAGUAAAUCCUCCUUAUUGGGAUAGAGUUCACGUUCAGCCAAGAGUGAGGAAGUUUCCUGAUACAGGGGAGUCUAGCGAAACCAUCCGACGGAGGUGGCGACCACCGCCUGAAGUGGUACAGGAAUUGAAAGCGCCAGUUCCGGAAGUGAGGUUCUACGACCGAGAUUACAAUGUGACCAGCCAACUGAGCCGGUCACAGACUUGCGAGGACUUCAAGUACAAGGCUCCAGAAACGCGUAGAUUUAACAAACAUACUGCUUGUACUGAAAAUCAGUAUAUUUAUCCACCUAGUCGAAGGCUAACAGACCAGCCCCCGAUGUGCAAUGCACACGACACGACGGAAAUGCGACAUGCAUACAAAAUACCGCAACAUCCACCGACCCUGGUUACUGAAAAGAACCAGCAUAAGCAUCCUGCCUGCCUGCCUGACCCACCAAUGAUAGAUCCAAGUUGGCACAAAGACUUAGAACCUUUGGACACAACAUACGAAGGAUAUGAGAAGUACCUAGACCCUUAUCUCACAACGAGCCGGCUGCAUCAUAGGCCAUAUACAGCAGAGCAGCUGAGUAGACGAUCUGUAACAAAAGAUAUUGUGACCUAUCACACCUUGUCCAAAGAACCCUGGAUCAUGGCUGAUUCAACAACAGAAAACAAUGCUGCUAAUGUAAACGAAGUCCCCAAUAAUCAGGAAGAUGCUCCAGCAAGGGAACCUGCACGUGAAUUAUUUUUUGACUGGCCCAUUAAUGUUGUUGUGUCCGAACCUAAGAUCCUCAGCCCAGACCCAGAUAUAGCUCAACAGGGUAAAAAUGUACAGAAACUAGGCCCGCUAUGGAAAACCGUCAGAUAUGCAGAUACAAAGAGACAGUUUGAAUCUACGGCACCUUUCUGUGCAUUGCUUGUGAACCAUGAACUUGAAAGUUUGACUCCGAGAUGCAAGUCAUUUGACAUGCUGCAGAGGUUUGAUCAAACUCUUGCAGCUAUAACACAUGGGCUUCUGAAACAGAGGAAAGUACUACAAAGUGCUUUAGAUUGUUUACCUGCAGAAGCGAGAAAUACUGUUCAGAAUGCUUUGCAGUCAGCCGAUUCGCAGUAUAAAAAGAUUUCAGAUGAUUUACUGCAAUAUACAAAUGCAGAUGCUGUCAAUUUCACAAGCAACGCCGCAGGCAGUCAUCAGAAGAAUCUCAAGAAGAUGAACCUGUGGUUCCUGAUAGAAAGAGACACCGCAAACAGCGCAGGCAAAGGAAUUCUUCUGAUGAUCAAAGUUCAGAAGACGAGGCUAGGUCUCGAGGAAGAAAGAGACAACCUGAGCAACGUCAGAACUCGCAAACCUUCGGCAGAUGAUUGGCAUUUGCCAUUAGAAGGAUGUAAAACUAAGUAUGAAAGAGAAAGCAUCAGAAAAAAUUCCACAUUUUCCCUCCCAAAAGAACACGUGUUUAGGGAAAUUAUCACUCAUAAUAAGCCUAAAUGGCUGCCAGGCUCAUUUCGUACCGAAGUACGAGACAACUACGUAUCACCAGCUAGCCAGCCCGGCUCUAAUAUUCGCGAUCUUGAAGAGCAAGUACAAACAUAUUACCAACGAAGCAUCGCGAAUUUGCAAACGAAUGCCCACUACGAGCACUCUACUGUAAAGGAGAAGUUUGCUUCUGAGACAUCGCAGAUAGGAACGGGGAAACCUAUUUGUUCCGUGUUGGAUCAAUUCAAGGAAAAGAAUAAGAGGCUUCAGUUAAAAAAUACGAGAAUUAGUUAAGUUU